UUCCGUAAUCUGCAUUUUUCGAAGAAGACCGGUGCGUCAAUCCCGUUUCGUUUCCUGUUUGAUCGAUAACAACGACGCGCCCGGCCCGGAACACAUGAUUCGGAACUUGCUGCGACAACUUUCACCAAUCGUUCGCAAUAACAAACCGGUGCUUGGAAGCCAUCACACUCGGAGGCUGAUCGUGAACAGGAACGUAUCUCCGGCCAACAGAAUGUCUCUGGAAGCUGCGAAGCGCUCCGCCGCGUACAAGGCGGUUGAUGAAUACGUUAAGGACGAUACGGUGGUCGGUGUCGGAUCGGGAUCGACGGUCGUAUACGCGGUGCUCCGUAUCGCCGAGCGCGUGAAAGCCGAAGGGUUGAAGCUGAUUUGUGUACCCACCAGCUUCCAGGCCCGUCAGCUUAUCAUCGAAAACGGGCUCGUGCUGGGCGAUCUGGAGAGUAAUCCGCAGCUGGACUGUGCCAUCGACGGAGCCGACGAAGUGGACGCACAGAUGGUGCUGAUAAAGGGAGGCGGCGGUUGUUUGUUGCAGGAAAAGAUUGUCGCAUCCUGUGCCGAUCGGUUCGUGGUGAUUGCGGACUACACAAAGGAUUCCACAAGGCUGGGCCAACAGUACCACAAGGGCAUUCCGAUCGAGGUCGUACCGAUGGCGUACGUUCCGAUUCGGGACCGGAUUGGGGCCACGUUCGGUGGCAGUAUCAAGCUGCGGAUGGCCGUCGCUAAGGCUGGGCCCGUCGUAACGGACAAUGGGAACUUCAUUCUCGACUGGCACUUCGAGGACGACAGGGACUACAACUGGGAGGAUGUGAACGACGAAAUCACGAUGAUUCCGGGUGUGGUCGAGACGGGCCUCUUUGUCGGGAUGGCCACGAAGGCGUACUUUGGGCAGAACAAUGGAACGGUGACGCAGCGUGGGGUUUAAGGGGGGUUUGAUACAACCGGGAAAAAGUGAGGUUCGGUUUGGUGUUUCUUUUUUACUUUUGUCUUUAUUAUCCUCCUACAACCCUGAACGGAACGGGGAGAUCGUAAUAAAUAGAAAUUAAAUGG